AUGGAUGUUGACUCAAUAAUAAAGGAGUUGGAUAAAAUUCUAGAAAUUUCAAAGCAGGAGGAAAUUGAAAGCGGACAGUCGAAAGAUCAAAAUUUCUCGAACAAAGAUGAUCAACAUUCACAACAGCAAACUUCAUGGAAUUAUGGGAAUUUAAAUACGCCUGAAGAUCAAACUAAAGAUUUAAACACCACGAUGGAUCAAACGAAUUUAAAGUUAAAACUCCAAGAAGUUGUAGGUGGAAAUAGUCGCAACCAACGUGAUUUGAAUACUGAACAUGAUUUGAUAAAAUUUGAGAAUUCGUCAGAUGAAAAUAUGAAAAAUGAAUUCACACGAAGCAUUCUCACAAUAGAUCGAGUUUCAACCUUUCAUGAUGAGAACGAUGAAAUAAUCGAUUUUAAAAUAUCUGCUGGAGUUCAGGAAAAUCUUAACGAUGAAGAAAAUAUUCAUUAUGAUUCUAUUUCUGAAUUGAAUAAUGAAGAUUUGGAAUCUAAAUGUACUUGCUUCCAGUCAGAAUCUUUGUCAGUGUCAUGCAGCUCUCAAAAAAUUGAAAAUACUUCUGAAAACAUAAAAACAAUUGUAAAUUCUAAUACUAACUUUCAACAUGUUGAUGAAGUUGAAUGGAAUGAAAAUUCUAUGCAAUCAUCAAGUCCAUUGGAUGUAAGUGAAGAACCUCAACGUGUCGACAUCACUGAAGAAAACAUGACAAAAGCUUUGAAAAAUGCUGUCGUUGAUGUUCCUAAAGAUGAAUAUCCGAGAAACAUUCUCAAAGUAGAUAAUAAGUGGACCAUUCAUGAUGAUAAUGAUGACAUAAUUGAAUCUCAGUCAUCUGAAGACGACACUGAAAAAGCAACUUUGGACAUUUCUGGACAUCAAUUCAAGAUAGUUAAAGGAAAACUUGGAUUCAUCCAACAAGCCGACGAAGUUUCUUCUUCUAAGUUCAAAAAUGUAUCGCCAAGAUCUUCAAAUCUACUUGAUCCAAUCGAAGAAAUAAGCGAAGAAAAUGAUGCCUCUGAUAUAGAAAAGUCAAAUCUUCGUCGAUAUUUACCUUCUGAUGAUUUAACAACACUCAGUCAAGAUGAUGUUGAAAAGAAAUCAAAAUUAGUCUCAAAUCAUGAUUUAGGUUUCAUGUGCAAUUUAAAAGCAAAUGGCAUUGAAGAACUCCCAACCACGACACUAACUAACAGACGUGCUUCAAAAAAGACCAAAAGAAAUGAACAAAAUUUUCAAUUUCUAUCCACACGAUAUGCAAAAGAUUUUGACGAUGAUGGUUACUCGAACAAGCUCGAAAUUCCAACUCAAAAUCUUCAAAAUGUAUCAAGCUCAGUAUGGAUGGAUGAAAAUCUCGAAAUUCCAACUCAAAAUCUUCAAAAUGUAUCAAGCUCAGUAUGGAUGGAUGAAAAUGUUUCAUUUGAUGAUCAUAAUGAUAUUCAGAUAGGCUACAAUCGAGCCCCUUUGGGAAUGGCAACAUAUUCAACUGAUGAGCAAAGCUUUAACACAGCUGUUACGACAUUAGACAUGCCUAAUCCCAUUAACACUUCAAAGCAAGCUACACAUUCAAGAGACAACGAAAUGAAUGGAAAGUCUGGCAGAUUUCACAAAUGUAAAGGCUUCUUCAAACGCGUUUCACAGGUUUUUCGCAAGGAAAAAAUCUAAAAUAAUUUUCUUCUCUUCUCUCGGCGCUCAUCUCAUC